AUGGACAAAAUGAAACGUUUUGUGAGCUCUCUGAACAAUUAUUUUUCGCAAGCACAGAAAAUGAGUAGCAAAUUAAGUGAUAUAAAUAUGAAUAACGUUGCAAUGCUAUCGAAUGGUUGUGCCAAUCCAAUGGGUAUGUCAAAAACUAUGAGCUGCUGUGAUGAGCAUGCGGUUGAAAUAGCCGCUGAUCGAAUGCAUCAUGGUGAGGUAAUUGCUUUGCCAACGGAUACGGUUUAUGGUUUGGCGUGCAGUGCCAACGAUCCGCAUGCCAUACAAAAGUUGUACGAGAUAAAAGGACGCGACGAAGAGAAACCGGUUGCCGUAUGUGUGUCAAGUAUAUCACAACUGAAGCAUUACAGCGAAGCAUCACACUUACCCGAUGAAUUGCUGUCUCGAUUACUCCCCGGGGCAGUUACAAUUAUCUUAAAUAAAUCCAAGUACUUGAACAACCCAUUUUUGAACAAUGGAAUUCGCAAGAUUGGCCUUCGCAUUCCCGAUUAUGAAUUCAUUCAAAAAGUUUCGGCCAAAUUUAUUGAGCCCAUCGCACUGACCAGUGCAAACAAAAGCGGUGCCAGCAGUACAUUGGAUGUUUUUGAAUUUGCCGACCUUUGGCCAGAUCUGAGUGUCGUAUUUGAUGGUGGACAUUUGGGCGACAGGGAUAAUGAUAUGAAACAACGUUGUGCAUCGACUGUUGUGGAUCUAUCAGUACCAGGCUACUACCAAAUCAUACGCAACGGCAUUGCCAUGGAACAUACUAUUAGUACGAUGAAAGAAUUUGGUAUUCAAAAUAGCUAGCCUUAGUAUUACGAUUUAUUUUAUUAACUCUAAAACCAAUAAAGAAAAUAAACACUA